CAGAAUCUCCCGGGGAUAACAUACGCCGCAAUGAUAGUAAAGAAUAUUACGAGGCAGAAUUAUCCUCGCAUAUCGAUGAUAAGGGACCUCGGCUGAUACCAGUGAAAUCCUAUACGAUGAUUAAUAAGAAUCAUAUAGAGAUCACCGUCAUUUCUUGGGGUGCCACGAUCGUUUCGCUAAAAUAUCCCGACAAGUUCGGACGUAUCGCGGAUGUUGUUCUUGGUUUUGACGAUUUAAAGAGCUACACAAAUCCCAGGAUUAAUCCAUUCGUAGGAUGCGUACUGGGUAGAUGCGCGAAUCGCAUAAGAAAUGGCUGUAUUGUCAUUAAAGGUAAAACUUACCAGCUCACGAGGAAUGAUCUCGACAAACAUCAUCUGCACGGAGGUGAGAAGGGCUUCGGUCGACGAUUAUGGGACUCGCAUAUCGAUGGCUGCUCGGUCGUCAUGACUUACUUAAGCGAAGACGGCGAAGAGGGAUAUCCUGGUACGGUGUUGAGUACGGUGAGAUUCAAGUUGACACCUGAUAAUAGGCUGGAAAUAGGUAUCCGGGCAACCACAACAGACUCCACGAUAGUCAACAUCUCACACGGUUCUUUGUUCAAUCUCGCCGGACAUGACGCCGGUAAGAAGGAAUUGAUGAAGCAUAAAAUCUCAUUAAACUGCGAUCGUUGGACCUUCGCGGAUUAUACUGAUCCGAUACCAACUGGCAGUAUUCGAGGAGUCGGAGGAACCAUCAUGGAUCUACGUAUACCGAAGUUCCUGGAGAACUGUAUCGAGAAGGUUCCUCCGGGAGAAGGGUAUGAUCAUAAUUUCUGCAUCACGCCAAACUGGCACGGAGGUAGCACACAUGUCGCUCGAGCCGUCCAUCCAGGAAGCGGUCGCGUUUUGGAAGUUUAUUCCGAUCAACCUGGUGUACAGUUUUAUACAGGUGGCCGUUUAUCAACAGACACUGUUUCUGAGACUGGAAAUAACAUUGCUGUUAAACAAGAUGACAGUCCGAAUCGUGAAGAAGAUGAGGGAGAAACAUUGACGACAGAUCGAAUAGAACAAGAUGCGAUAUCUGAAUCAUCAGCGCUUCUUUUGGGGAAGCAAGGUGCUCGCUAUGUAAAACAUUGUGCUUUCAGUAUUCAACCGCAAAACUAUCCAAAUGCCAUUAAUUAUGCACAUUUUCCUUGCUCCAUUCUACGGCCCGGAGAAAUCUAUUGUCACGACCUAAUUUACAAAUUUGGCAUUCAAUUGGCCAAUUAUAUGUGAUAUAUUAUUAAAUUAUCUUAAAAGCACAUUAAAUCUUCUUUGUACUUAGUAUAAAAAAAUUAUUCAGUAUGUUGCGAUAUUAUAUAGUAUAUCAAGUAUCAGUAAAAAACAUGAAUCUUUAAAUUACAAAAAAACAUUUGUAUUUAAAUAUAAAAAUCAAUCUUAUAUUAAAAAAAAAAACAAAAAAA